UGUCAUGGAAAUGGUCACAACUGGUCGUUUUCCAGCUGCAAAGGACGCAGGUGAGCUGUCUCCCUAUCUCCAGCGCCGCCAUGAUCUCACUGUGCAGCACGGAUGCCUUAUGUGGGGGUUGAGAGUGAUUGUGCCACCCAAACUGCGCCCCCGGGUGCUGACAGAGCUACACUCAGCACACCCAGGUGUAGUAAGGAUGAAGAGCUUAGCUCGUAGCUACGUUUGGUGGCCCAGCAUCGACUCCCAGAUCGAGCACCAAGCAAAAUCAUGCCACUCAUGUCAACGAGUGCAGAAAGACCCUGGCCUAGCACCCUUACACCCAUGGAUGUGGCCAUCCAGUCCUUGGGAACGGAUACAUGUGGACUUUGCAGGUCCAUUUGAAGGGCACAUGUACCUGGUCAUAGUGGACGCACACUCCAAAUGGCCCGAGGUGCACAUCAUGGAUAGCACCACAUCCAGCAAAACCAUCCAAGUGCUUAGGGGACUUUUUAGUCGCUAUGGCAUUCCACACAGUCUUGUAAGCGACAACGGCCCUCAGUUCUGCUCUGAAGAAUUCAGCACGUUUCUGAAAGCCAAUGGAGUCAAACACAUUCGCUCAGCACCAUACCACCCUGCCUCCAAUGGCUUGGCAGAGCGAUUUGUGCAAACCUUCAAGCACGCUCUGAAAUCUUCCAGAGGAACUACACCAGUGCAGCAGCGUCUGGAUACGUUCCUCCUGACCUACCGUAACACCCCCCAUGCAACAACCAAGGAAAGCCCUGCAAUGCUGUUCAUCGGACGCAAGCUGCGUUCUCGACUGGAUUUCCUGAAACCAAGUAUGGCUGGAACAGUGCACCAGUCACAAGAGGCUCAACAGCAACGACGCCAGCUACACUCUAAACAGAGACAGUUUGAACUUGGUGAGCCAGUGCUCGUGCGUGAUUAUAGGAGGGGGGAGGAUAAGUGGACGCAAGCUGUGGUGAUCGAGAAGACCGGACCAGUGUCCUACAAGGUACAUGUGGGAACACAAGGGGUCUGGAAGCGUCAUGUGGACCAGAUGCUGACUCGGCCCGAGUCAGACCCACCAGAGACUGCAGGGAGUUUUCCUGUGAGUUGUCCACUGUCACUUCCUCAGACAACCACACCUGACCCAAAUACACCUCAACAGAAGGAGGAUACUGAUACAGUGCCACACACACCACAUGCACCACCAAAAACACCCAAAACACUCAAGACACCACAGUCCACAGAAAUGACACACACAGAACAUUCAGAGACAACAGGGACUGUACGACGAUAUCCUGUGAGGAUCACACGUCCGCCGGUACGUUACAGGGAUCAGUAAACUUA